GCCCCUGCCUCUCGGAGCCCCCUCGAUGCUCUUAGCUGAGUGUCCCACGGGGCCUGAAGCGUCUGCUUCGAGGAAAUUAGAGUGUUCAAAGCAGGCCGGCCGCCGGCACAGUGCAGCUAGGAAUAAUGGAGUAGGACUCCGGUUCUAUUUUGUUGGUUUUCGGAAAUGGGCCCAUGAUUAAGAGGCAUGGCUGGGGGCAUUCGUAUUGUGCUGCUAGAGGCAUCACCCCAUCAGGGCAAAACACUGGAGUGUGGUCAGCAGCAAUUGUGAUUCCUGCUCUGCCACUGAAGUCAGAAAGGAGAUGACAUUGGAAAGGGGAUUGAAAAACUGAGCAGAAAGUGAAGAAGCAGAGCUGCUGCAGGGGCUGGGAAAACUAUGCUGUUGUCUGAAAUAGAAGCAAAUGCUCUGGAUGUGGUUGGAUUAAUUUCUGGGCUUCACAACAGGACCUGCAGGGCUCUAGGAAGACAGAACUCCUUCCUUCUACCUCCCUAACACUACUUCAGGGUGAUUAAGGCAGCAGACGCACUCUGGAUGGAUUUCAUUGCUGGGGCCAUUGGAGGUGGCCUAAGCACAGCCGUGGGUUAUCCGCUGGACACAGUGAAGGUGAGAAUUCAGACUGAGAAGCAUUACAAAGGGUUUUGGCACUGUGUUCAAGAAACAUACAGGACAGAAAAAAUUUGGGGAUUUUACAAAGGUGUGUCUGCAUCAGUCCUUGCCGUAUCAGCAAUUUCUUCUGUUUCCUUUGGCACAUACAAGAACUUCCUCUGUACAAUCUGCAAGCUGCGAUACGGGGCUGCAGAUGCAAAGCCAUCCAAGCUGGAUGUUUCCCUUGCUGGAGCUGCUGCCGGUGCUGUCCGGGUUGUGUUGACAAACCCCAGUGAAGUGGCUAAAGUUCGGAUGCAGACUCAGAGAAACCCACACCCUUCUGUCACAUCUCAGCCUGUUUCCAAACCAAAGUACCAAGGGUCUCUGCACUGUCUGAAGGUGAUCACCAAGGAGGAAGGUUUUGGGGGUCUCUACAAGGGCUGCUCUGCAUUACUCUGCAGGGAUUGCUCUGCUUCUGCAGUAUAUUUCCUUUCCUAUUCUGCUCUGUGUGACUGGCUCACACCAGCUGGGAAAAAUAAACCAGGUUUCCUCGUUGUGCUGCUUUCUGGGGGUUUUGCUGGAGUCCUGGCCUGGGGAUUAGCUACUCCCAUGGAUGUCAUCAAAUCACGGAUGCAAAUAGAUGAAUCGGACCAGCACAAGUACAAGGGCCUGAUCCACUGUGUUAGGGAAAGUGUGAGAAAGGAGGGUGCAAAAGUGCUUUUCAAAGGACUGGGUUUAAACUGCAUUCGUGCCUUUCCUGUGAACAUGGUAGUGUUUGUAACGUAUGAAGCUGUACUGAGAUUUACAGAUCGUUACAUAAGCAAAAAAUAGCUCGUUCUAGUCUUUUCA